CCCGCGUUGCUCGGUUCCCUCGAGUUGGGUUGGCUCCGGGGUGGGGGCGGAUCUUAAAAAAAAAAAAGCAGCAGACGACGACCCCCCCUCGCCGGACGCCUUAAAGAGCAGCGAUUUGAAGCGCGCCCCCCCUCCCCCCCCCCGGUUGCGCCCGAGGCGCUAUGGCCAUGGUGACCGGGGGCUGGGGAGACCCGAACGGAGACGCCAACGGGGUGGAGAAGGGCUACCCCCGCAACUCCGAAGACGACUCCGCGUCCCCCCAGGGCGGCACCAGCGACCAGGAGCCCGGCGACGAGGACAAGGCCGGCCUCCAGGUGGACUGCGUGGUCUGCGGCGACAAGUCCAGCGGGAAGCAUUACGGCGUCUUCACCUGCGAGGGCUGCAAGAGCUUCUUCAAGAGGAGCAUCCGGAGGAACCUGAGCUACACUUGCAGGUCGAACCGGGACUGCCAAAUUGACCAGCACCAUCGCAACCAAUGCCAAUAUUGCCGCCUGAAGAAGUGCUUCCGUGUCGGCAUGAGGAAAGAAGCUGUCCAAAGAGGUCGGAUCCCUCCUACCCACUCCAGCGCCAGCCCCAACGCCAUGCCCAGCGGGGAAUACUACAACGGGCAGCCCGUUUCGGAACUGAUCUCUCAGCUGCUGCGGGCCGAGCCGUACCCCACGGCCCGCUUCAGCUCGCAGUACGCCCAGCAAGGCAGCGUGAUGGGCAUCGAUAACAUCUGUGAGCUGGCGGCCCGGCUACUUUUCAGCACGGUGGAGUGGGCCCGGAACAUCCCCUUCUUCCCCGACCUGCCCGUCUCGGACCAGGUGGCCCUGCUGCGCCUCAGCUGGAGCGAGCUUUUUGUCCUGAACGCGGCCCAGUCGGCGCUGCCCCUUCACAUGGCCCCACUGUUGGCAGCGGCCGGCUUCCACGCCUCCCCCAUGUCCGCAGACCGAGUGGUGUCCUUCAUGGACCAGAUCCGCAUCUUUCAGGACCAGGUGGAGAAACUCAACCGGCUGCAGGUGGACUCGGCCGAAUACAGCUGCCUCAAAGCCAUAGCGCUCUUCACGCCAGACGCCUGCGGCCUCUCUGACCCAGCCCACGUGGAGAGCCUGCAGGAGAAAGCCCAGGUGGCCCUGACGGAGUACGUCCGCUCGCAGUACCCCUCGCAGCCCCAGCGCUUCGGCAGACUCUUGUUGCGCCUCCCGGCUCUCCGGGCCGUCCCCGCCUCCCUCAUCUCUCAGCUCUUCUUUAUGAGACUAGUCGGCAAGACGCCCAUCGAAACACUAAUCAGAGACAUGCUCCUCUCCGGGAGCACUUUCAACUGGCCUUAUGGGACGGGGCAGUGAGGACAACGCAGGGGGUGUCCACGUCCCUCGACGCCACCCCAGGUUUGCUGCCUCUGCUGCCAUGCCGACAGUCUGGAUGUUUGCCGCCGCCUCUCCGUCACGGAUUGUAGUUGUCGAGAAAUUGUGCUAUUGGUAGGCACGAAGCUUCCGGUGGCAACGAGGGAAGUCCCGCCUCUCGAGUGUCGAGCGAGACCGAGGUGGGCUGGAUUUUGGUUUGGUUGUUUUCUUCUCUUCUUCCACAGAAAGAAGGGGAAAGAACCUUAAUAUCCUGUUUUCGUUUUUUUCCUUUUUGGGGGUUUUUGAUUCCUUUCCAUAUGAUGUUUCGGGUGGCAAGUCAAGGGCUUCCCUGCCUUCAUUUUUUAAUUUUCUUCUCUGCAUUCAGCUUUGUCCUCUUUGCAUGUUUUAAAGAACUGAGGGGGCUGGUUGUCCCGGAUUGAAAUGCCACCAUAUUUCAGAUCAGAAAUAUCUGUGUUCCUCUUUGCCCCAUCUCCCUCCUCCCCUUUUCUAGGUCUGUGUGCGGGAUAUCUUCUCCACCUUGAGCCAAACGCCUUCUUAUUAUCGAUUAUAACCUGGUAGAGUAAUUUCAUUUUGGGAAUAAGCCAGAAAUCAGGAUGCCUCGUCUUAGACUUUUGGAGGUCUUGGUAGGGUUGAAUUUUGUCCAGCGGGGCAGCCGUUGUCGUUUGCAGGUAGAGUGCUUCGGAACCUGGAGGUUCCACUGAGCUACUGUGUAUUUAAAGCUUGGUUUAAAGUUUUAAACUUCUUCCUUUUUUGCCUCUUUUUUUCUUUUCUUUUUUUGCAAACCAGUGUACACAUUUCUAGUCACUCAAAUAUAUAUGCCUUGGCCCAAAUUACUUAAACCGAUCAUACCCGUUCCUAUUGGUUGUGACUUUUGCCCCUUUCCAAAUCUCCUGAUUUAUUUUUUUUUGCGCUCUCUUCAUAUAACAAGAUAUUAAAUCACUUACCUAAUACUGCUCCUUUCACCUAUAGGUUUUGGGUAGUGCUGCAGUACAAUCCACAUAAACCAAACUGAACUAUAAUUUCUACUCGCUAGAAGAUAGGGGGAAGAAAUUUCUUGACAACCAAAGUAACCUCUGAAUCCCAACCCAACCCAAAGUCUCCUCGAUUUUUCUUCCACUGAUGCACCUACCAUCCCACCUAGGGGUGGAAUAAUCCACAAAUCUCUCGCAUUUGUGAAAAAGGGACAUUCCAGUGUACAGUGUGCCGGUGUAUCAGCUUUCCCAGUAGCACACGAACAUAGCUUCUCCGAAAAGGGCACCUUUUUAUAAUGACCAUUCAUUAUACAACAAGAUAUUAUUUUUCUUCGUGUUUUCUUAUGUGACAAGAGUCUUUCCAUGUGAGGCUGUGGUGGGGAAAUUGCUGUCUCUCCACCCACCCACCCCCCAUAUUAUGCAAACACUAUGCAAACGGUUAACUGCAUGCAAAAUGAAAUAUACCCUUUAAUUAAUCAUGGCCCACCUGCUCCUGCGC